AUGGCGUCGACGCUCCCUCGCCUGCCCAUCUUCGAGGCCCUCAAGAAGCACGACGCCCAGCGCACCGCCGUUGUCCACUCGCUAUCCGGGCGGCGCUUCACCUACGGCGAGCUGGUCAACGAUGUCGCCGCGGCCAAGGACAAGCUGCAGCGCAACACAGGCGGCCGGAGCGCAGAGGGUGCGCGCAUUGCGUUCCUGGUGGAGAAUGGCUAUGAUUAUGUAGCCAUUGACUGCCGGAUAGUGACGCUGCUGUCCAUUCUGGCCGCCCAUGCCGUCGCCGUGCCGCUGUCGCCCACGUUCCCCGCCCAUGAGCUGCGCUACAUCAUCGACCAGAGCGAGUCGCUGAUGCUCCUCUCGUCGGACAAGUUCCAGGACAAGGCGGACGAGGUGCUGCGGGAGGGCAUGGAGACCAGCCCGAUCAACUGGAAGCGGGAGAAGAUCAUGAUGGGCAAGACAGACGACUACGUCACCCUGGAAGAGCCGACGAGCGCCGAGGGCGGCAUGAUGCUGUACACUUCCGGCACCACGAGCCGGCCCAAAGGCGUUAUGCUGCCCCAGGAUGUGCUGGCCGCGCAGUCUCAGUCGCUGCUGAAGGCCUGGAACUACACGCCCGACCAUGUGCUGUUGCACGUGCUUCCGCUGCACCACAUUCACGGCACAGUCAACGCGCUGCUCACACCGCUCCUCGCCGGCAGCACCAUCGAGUUCCAGUUCCCCUUUAAUGCACAGGCAGCCUGGGAACGCCUUGCCGCGCCCUUCCUGCCGAGCCCAGACCCAGCGAAGAAGCCCAUCACCUUCCUCACCGUAGUUCCUACCAUCUACACACGCCUCCUCUCCUCGCACGCCAGCUUGACCCCUGAGCUCCAAGCAGCGACGAAGACCGCCCUGCAUCCCUCGAAUCUGCGACUGAACAUAUCUGGCUCAGCAGCUCUCCCCACACCAGUGAAAUCAGCAUGGUCGGAGCUUAGCGGCGGCAACGUUUUGCUUGAGAGAUACGGAAUGACAGAGGUGGGCAUGGCACUAUCUUGCGGUCUCGACUUUGCAGACCGAGUGGACGGCUCAGUCGGCUGGCCACUGCCCUCAGUGCAAGCCCGUCUUGUAGAUACAGACACGGGCGAAGUCAUCCAGGAAGGAGAAGAAAUCGACCCAUCGACCGGUCGCGAACGCCACGGCGAGAUCCAGCUUCGCGGCCCAACCAUCUUCCGCGAAUACUGGAAGAACCCCACCGCAACGGCAAAGGAAUUCGUCGAAGACGCAGACGGCCAGGGCAAAUGGUUUAAGACUGGCGACGUCGCGAUCCGCAAGACCGUGUCCGGCGCAGGCAAGAGCUUACAAGACUGGGCCAAAGGACCGCUGUACUUCAUCCAAGGCCGCAAAUCCGCCGACAUUAUCAAAACGGGCGGCGAGAAGGUCUCCGCCCUCGAAAUCGAGCGCGAAAUGCUCUCUCUGCCCUACAUCUCUGAAGUCGCCGUCGUCGGGCUACCAAGCGAAGCCUGGGGUCAGAAGGUCGCAGCUGUUGUCGUGCUGUCUGAGCAGGGCAAGACAGCGGGCAGAGCCGGCAAAGCGUGGUCGGCACUCGAUAUGAGGCGCGCGCUGAAGGACGUCCUUGCCAAUUACAAGAUCCCGCAGGAGAUGAAGGUCGUUGACAGCAUCCCGCGGAAUGCGAUGGGCAAGAUCAAUAAAAAGCAGCUCGUCAUCCAGAUCUGGGGCGAGCUGCUCGACGCACCGCCAGCGGCAAAGCAAAAUGGCGCUGUGCAAGUACCGAACGGAAGUGUAUAA